AAGCUCAAAACAAAGAGCAGAUAACAAGCCUUUUGAGCAGAUAAAUUCCAAAGAAAAUAUUGUGAGAUAUUUUGUGCAGAGUCUAAAUUUAGCAGCCAAAAUUAGAGUGAUACAAUAUUGUGAGUGAUCAGAUUACAAGUGCAGUUUAAGCCUUGUAUGAUUGUAAUUUUCUUUAGUGUUAAUAAAAUCCCCUCUCUCUCGUUCGCCCGUGGAUGUAGGUCAGAUUAGACCGAACCACGUUAAAUAUCGUGUUCAAUUUCGUUUGCAAUUUUUCAGUAGUUUUAUUCCGCUAGUGUCACCGAAAUCAUUUAUCGAUUUGUUUGAAGUACUUAACUCGUUUUGUUGUAUCCCAACAGGUCACCCGUUAAUUUGGGUUAACAACCCCUUCGGGUUGAUUGUACUGUUACUUAAUUUUUGUUUUUUUUUUCCUCAACAUUUUCCUUGCUUUUUUUUUAUUUUAUCAUUAUAAUUAUUUAUGCUAAUUAUUUAUGCUGAAAAGUUUAUUCUUGAUCUAGGGACCCAAAAUCGAAAGUUGGUAACUUUAAGUGUGACUUGAAAAUUGAUUACAUGUGUCCAAACAAAAUAAAUAAAACCCCAUACGUACCCAACAUCCACUUGAUAAAUACCCAAGCCAUACAUAACAAACACUUAUCUCGUCACAGUAUGGACCUUCAUAGAUAUGUGUAGCUGGACAAUCUUUAGAGUUUCUUGAUGUGUACUAUGCCCAUAUAAUGAAGACUGCUAGUUAGGGUUCUAACUGUAUUAAAAAUCUUUUUCUAAGUUUAUGAAUAAGAAUAUUCUCAAGAAUAAGAAUAUUCAUUUAUGUGGAGUGAGCCAUAUUAAAUAUUGUGUUUAUGUGUAUAAUUUAUUCUCGUUUAUUUGAAACAAUAUUACAGUAAUCAAUUUCAUUGAUAAAUAAGAAUUGGAAAUUUUUUGCUUAAAGAUAAUUGAAUAGCAUUUAAAUUCUGUUGCCAAUUGUUCAAAUUGAUAUUUCAAUUCUACGUCACUAAUUUCUUUGGUAUUUAACAAAUUUGCCUAGCUACAAACUUCAUACUCAUUUGUAAAAUGCUAUUGGUAUAUGUAAAUUUUCCAAUAGGGAUAAUAUGAUUUUUUUUUUUCUCAUGAUAACCAUAAUGUCGAUUUCCGUUUCCAGAAAUGAUUGUGGGACAGGAAGAUAUGUGGAGACCGUGAAAAAACAGCCUUGCUACCUUGUCAUUUACCAUAAGUUUGAGAUGUUCUUUUGUUUCUUUUUCUAUUCCAUAUUUGUUUUUGAUGUGUCAUUCUUUUAUCGUGACACUUUUUUACAUCUAUAAUCAACACAUAUCAUUCCCUUUUCCCGAAUCAACAUUUUAAACUCAUAAUAUGAGAAAACGUCACACAUUAGAAAAGUGAAAUUUCGUCCUUGACUUGUCAACUUCUCUCCUUUUAAGUUUAUGAUGCAAAUGGGUGACUAACUCAGUUCUAUAUCCGAUAUUAUUUUCGACAUUUUUUUAUAUCUAAGAGCAUCAUCUAUCAUAAAAGAGCAGUUCUCACAAAGUUUUUUGGUGACAAGGUAAUGUCUUAUCUAUGAACUAAAAAUCUUAACAAAUAUCCACAUUAAAUCAGUUUUUUUCUAAUAACUUCUUUUAUUGGUUCCACAAUGUAAAUUAUAAGUAAAAAAUUAAUAAAAUAAUAUUACGUAGUAUGUGACAACCUCAUUGAUAAAACUUUAUUUUGAAAAAGCUUUCUCCAAUAGUUUUUUUUUUUCAAAUUUUAAAUGUAUUUGUUUGAAGAAACUUUAGAAAAAAAAAAGCCCAAAAGACGCUCUUAUUGUUGAUAACAAUAAUUCAAGUAUCUAAUGACAUCUCCGACAAUAUACAUGAUUAAAUUGAUACAUUUCGUACAUCAAAUAGCCUGAAUAAUGCAAAUUCAAUAGCACCAAAACCAUUAUUAUUUGCUUUAUAUAUAUGACCAUAGUCCUUGUGGGUUUACAGUUACAGAAAAAAAAACAUCAAGUUCGGUGUCCCUUUUGUGUCCACUUAUCCAACCUGAUUAUAGACUUAUAGUUUUUUAACGGUGUCAUCUUUUGUGAUCGUUGCUCCAUAACAAAACUAACCCUAAAAAUUCACGAGACAAACCACGAGAACGCUAGGCUUUGGGUCAUAUCAUCGUCCCCAUCAAUCAAAUCUUUUUGGUGAGUUUAUUUGCCCACCAACGCAUAUAUCUCCACGAUGUGGAAAUACGCUUGAAGAUCAGUGAUCACCCAUCAGAAUGUUAGACCAGAGAAGCAAACUAAACCAUGGUGACGAUCUGGACGAUGAAAGUCACCCAAUUUCGUUCACAACCGAAUGUUAUGCAUGCACUCAAGUAGGUGUUCCGGUGUUCCACUCCACUAGCUGCAACCAAGCUCAACAACCGGAAUGGGAAGCUUCCGCCGGCUCAUCCCUCAUCCCCAUCCGCAACAGACCCGGUUCCAAGAUCAUCAAGAACCGAUAUUCCGCCGGAAAACGGAGACCACUGUCGUCUUCAGGGUUGUCGUUCAGGCGAGUGUAUGAUCCAAGGAGCAAAAGUGUACAAAGGUGGAAUAGGUUUGUGUUGCUUGCUCGUGGUAUGGCGUUGGCUGUUGACCCAUUGUUCUUCUACUCGCUGUCAAUAGGCCGUGGGGGUACGCCGUGUCUUUACAUGGACGGCGGUCUUGCGGUGGUCGUGGCCGUCCUGCGGACAAUGAUUGACUGCUUCCAUGUCGUCCACAUAUGGUUACAGUUUCGGGUGGCUUAUGUGUCACGUGAGUCGCUUGUGGUUGGUUGUGGGAAGCUGGUGUGGGACCCGAAGUCUAUCGCAUUGCAUUAUGUGCGAUCACUUAAAGGCUUCUGGUACGACAUAUUCGUCGUACUGCCGGUUCCUCAGGUUGUGUUCUUGUUGGUACUUCCGAAACUUAUCCAAGAAGAGCGAAUAAAAACGAUCAUGACCACCCUUCUGCUAGUUUUCAUGCUCCAGUUCCUCCCCAAAGUCUACCACUCCAUCUACUUAAUGAGACGGAUGGCAAAGGUCACCGGCUACAUCUUCGGCACCAUUUGGUGGGGUUUCGCCCUUAAUCUAAUCACUUAUUUUUAUUGCCUCUCAUGUUGCCGGGGGCUGUUGUGGGCGCUUCCUGUGAUCUCUAGCAACUCGCUAAGGAUAAAAAUUCUUUAUCCUAUCUUUUGGGGUUUAAUGAGUCUCAGCACUUUCGGGAAUGAUCUUGAGCCCACUAGUCACUGGGUCGAAGUGAUCUUCAGUAUUUGCAUCGUGCUGAGUGGCUUGAUGCUAUUCACCUUAUUGAUUGGUAAUAUUCAGGUGUUUCUGCAUGCUGUUAUGGCGAGGAAGAAGAAAAUGCAACUGAGAUGCCGAGAUAUGGAGUGGUGGAUGAAAAGGAGACAAUUGCCAUCGCGUCUUAGACAUAGAGUUCGCCAUUAUGAACUUCAAAAUUGGGUUUUGAUGGGUGGAGAAGAUGAGAUGGAAUUGAUUAAAGAGUUCCCAGAAGGCCUCAGACGAGAUAUUAAACGGUUUUUGUGUAUUGAUCUAAUCCGAAUGGUACCAUUGUUCCAUAACUUGGAAGAUCUUAUUCUUGAUAACAUCUGCGAUCGUGUUAAGCCGCUUGUGUUUUCAAAAGAUGAAAAGAUCAUCAGGGAAGGGGAUCUAGUGCAACGAAUGGUGUUCAUUGUUCAAGGGCGUGUAAAAAGCUACCAAAACCUAAGUAAAGGAGUUGUAGCCACAAGCAUCCUGGACCCUGGAGGCUACUUCGGCGAUGAGCUUCUAUCAUGGUGCCUUCGGAGACCAUUGAUAAACAGGCUUCCAUCAUCGUCGGCUACAUUUACGUGUUUAGAAGCUACACAUGCAUUUGGGUUGGAUGCCAACCAUCUUCAGUAUGUUACAGACCAUUUUCGGUACAAAUUUGCAAACGAGAGGCUGAAGCGUACAGUGAGAUAUUACUCCUCGAACUGGAGGACAUGGGCGGCAGUAAAUAUCCAGCUUGGGUGGAGGAGGUAUAUGGCGAGGAUGAGGCCGGUGAUGGCUAUUAUAAGUGCAGAGAAUAAUGGCAGUGACCGUAUGCUUAGGCAGUAUGCUGCCAUUUUCAUGUCAAUUAGGCCACAUGAUCAUUUGGAUUGAACUGUGAUUAUCAUUGGUACAAAUCAAAUAAAGAUCAUUUGAUGAUUUCGUGUGACUUAUGCGAACUCCAAUAAACUCAUGCCUCUAAAGUUUGAUCGAUGCUUGCCUCACUUUAUUUUUUAUUCAUCUGUACCGUAUAUCUCUAUAUAUAAUUUCAAUUAUCUAGAAU